AUGGAAUACGCACAACUGCUCAAAGAGUUUAAAAGUGGUGAACCAUAUGAGUUGCCCCAUUUGGCGUUGGAGUCGCAACCGAGACUAGCUGUGAUGUCGUCGGUGUUGUCGUUGGGUUUCAUAUCGUUAGCUUUGGUCCUCGCCUACUCGAAGACGAGGUUUCCCGUUAAGCUUCUCCUGUAUGCGCUGGUCAGCUUCCUUGGAAGUUUAUUCGCUGGAAGUGCUGCAGUAUUCCUAGCUGACUCAUUUGGGGUCUACGUGUAG